UUGUGGGGCAGCAUCAAGCUAAUUGACGCUAUGUCUAUGUGUGUGGGUGUGCGUAUGUGUGUGUUUGUGUGUGUGUGACAAAUUGCGUGCGAAGCUUUAAAAACCCCGAUUUCGGGCGCUACGCGUGUUUAGUUGUAGUUUUGCUGUCGCCACGGAAGCGCUUUAAUCAACGCAUUAAAGUGGUCCUGGGCUCAUCUCGCUGCAAUCCUAGUUAAGCUACUAGUCACAAAACAAGGAAUGGCUGCCAAGCUGACAAAAUCGAAUGCUAUAUGCUUGUUGCUGUUGCUGCUGCUGACGCUGACGCAGGUGCAGGCCAAGCUGCUGACGCGUUGCCAGCUGGCCAAGGAGCUGCUGCGCCAUGACUUUCCGCGCAGCUAUCUGUCCAAUUGGGUUUGUCUGGUGGAAGCGGAGAGUGGACGCAGCACAUCCAAGUCUAUGCAGCUGCCCAAUCAAAGCGUUAGCUACGGACUUUUUCAGAUUAACAGCAAAAAUUGGUGUCGCAAGGGCCGUCGCGGUGGCAUAUGCAACAUCAAAUGUGAAGAAUUUCUAAACGAUGAAAUAUCAGACGAUUCGCGCUGUGCUAUGCAGAUCUUUAAUCGUCAUGGCUUUCAGGCUUGGCCCGGCUGGAUAGCCAAAUGUCGUGGGCGCACGCUGCCCGAUGUGUCGCGUUGUUAAGACGCCAACAACAGCCGCUUGAGUUGCAGCUCUGCUAGUUUCUAGUUCUUACAUACAUAUGCCCAUACAUAUAUGCAUAGCUGUUUAUUUAUACAUAAGUCACGCUCAUUGGUUCAUUGCAUCUGAU